CCUCCACCUCCACCUCCCCCACCACCACCACCUCCACCACCACCUUUACCUCCACCUCCCCCACCACCACCUCCACCUCCACCUCCACUUUCACCUUCCCCACCACCACCUCCACCACCACCUCCACCACCACCUCCACCACCUCCACCUCCACCUCCACCUCUACCUCCCCCACCACCACCUCCACCUCCACCUCCACCUUUACCUCCACCUCCCCCACCACCACCUCCACCUCCACCUCCACUUUCACCUCCCCCACCACUACCUCCACCUCCACCUCCACCUCCCCCACCACCACCUCCACCACCACCUCCACCACCACCACCACCUCCACCUCCACCUCCACCUCCACCACCACCACCUCCACCUCCACCUCCACCUUUACCUCCACCUCCCCCACCACCACCUCCACCUCCACCUCCACUUUCAUCUCCCCCACCACCACCACCAACUACACCACCACCUCCACCUCCACCACCACCUCCACCUCCACCUCCACCUCCCCCACCACCACCUCCACCUCCACCUCCACCACCACCUCCACCUCCACCUCCACCUCCACCACCACCUCCACCUCCACCUCCACCUCAACCACCACCACCUCCACCUCCACCUCCACCUUUACCUCCCCCACCACCACCUCCACCACCACCUCCACCUCCACCUCCACCUUUACCUCCACCACCUCCACCACCACCUCCACCUCCACCUCCCCUACCUCCUCCACCUCCUCCACCUCCUCCUCCACCACCUCCACCAUCACCUCCACCUCCCCUACCUCCUCCGCCUCCUCCUCCACCUCCACCUCUACCUCCUCCUCCACCUCCACCUCCGCUUCCACCUCCCCUACCUCCUCCG